AUGGCGGUCUUGCAGAAGAGGGCGAAACCAAGCUGCAGACGCGCUGGAAGGGGCUUUGGAAGCUCGCAGCGCGAAGACUUCGCUCGUCUGAAUCGCUUCCAGGGAGGCCUUUGCGGCGGUGGCGGGGUUCGCGUCGGUAGUGAAAACAGCAACAUUCCCGCUGCAGAGAUUCCGACCGUGGGAACGUCGUCGUUGUGGCCGAUUAGGGGGCGUUGGGAUGGGCGGAGGAGCCACCCCUUUGGAGACAGCACGACAGCAAGGUUGGGCUAG